GAAGAAGAAGAAGAAGACGACGACGAAGACGAAAACGAAGCGUGUUCGUAGCUUAGUGGUGCAGCUGCAUUGUUGGCAAAAGGAACGCAUUAACGCAACAUGGAGGAUUGCACAUCAAACAGAGGACCGGAGAAUCUCGAUGAUCCCCCAAACAGUCGGCUUUUCAUUGUGAGCAGCCGCACUGUGACUGAAGAACAGAUACGCGACAGUUUCAGCGCUUACGGAGACAUUCAGGGAAUAUGGGUGGUCAAAGACAAGAACACAAAGGAGUCCAGGGGUGUCGCCUAUGUGAAGUACGCAAAGUCUUCGCAGGCCUGCCUAGCCAUGGAGACGAUGAAUGGACGGCUUCUGGGGGAAGGAUCCAAACCCAUCAAGGUAUUUAUUGCCCAAUCCCGAAAUUCAAGCAAACACAGAGAUGUGGAGGAUGAGGAUUUGACCCGAAUCUUUGUCAUGAUCCCGAAGACCUUCACAGAGGAGGACCUAGUCCAAACCUUCAAGGAGUAUGGAGAUAUUGAGUAUGCUAUAGUAAUCAAGAACAAAACGACUGGGGAGAGUAAAGGUUUGGGCUACGUUCGAUACUAUAAGCCAUCUCAGGCUGCCCUCGCCAUAGAGAACUGCGACAGAUCCUACAAGGCUGUGGUGGCUGAACCUCGCACUAAAUCUGGAACUGGAGAUGACUAUGGUACUGCAACAGCUGCGUACAUGAACACUGGAGAUGCCAUGAGCCAGUACAGCUUCCCCACAGCGGACGCGUCCGGUUACCAGUACCUGGAUUACCGAUCUGGGGAGUAUACCCGCAGCCUGAUGGUGAGCACGAGAGCUGCACUGUCCCAGGAGCAGUACUUCGCUCUGUUUGACCUGAUCCCAGGCCUGGAGUACUGUGAACUGCAGCGAGACUAUGGUCAGGCACUGAUCCGCUACAAUAACCUGGGCUCGGCUGUCUAUGCCAAAGAAAAGCUGAAUGGAUUUGAGUAUCCUCCUGGAAACAGGCUGGUGGUGGCCUAUUUGGAAGAUGGAGAGGACCGCAGCAGCUCAGUGAAUCGCAUGGCCGUGCAGUACGUUUCGUCCCAGAUGAUGUCAGCUGUGUGGAGUGGAGCCUCCAGUGGUCACAUGAUGAAGGGCUCAGGUUACUCGGCUGUGGGCCCUGUGUCCACUCGCAUUCAGACUGAUGUCAACCUGCCUGCUCCACAAAAACUGGCUCCUCGAGACAGCCAGUCCAAGGAGCGCCUCUUUGUGGUUUUUACCCCGACCGUUCUGCCUCUGGAUGUGCUGGAGGAUGUCUUCUGCCGCUUUGGCUCUCUGAUCGAAGUGCACCUGGUUCCUGGGAGAAAGGUUGGCUACAUGAAGUAUGCAGAUAAGCAGUGUGCAGACGAUGCCAUGGCAGCACUGCAUGGGCGCUUUGUGAAUGGAGUGAAAAUGAAAGUUAUGCUGGCAGACCCACCACGAGAGGAAUCUCACAAGCGCCCCCGCACUUAUUAGAGUGGUACUACAAUGGCGACUGAUCAUGACACGUGACCUGACAAACCCGACCAACACCGGACAUAUCCUCGACCUCUGACCCGACAUUUGACACCUGUCUGACCUUACUUGGGAUCACUGACCUCACUGUGACCAUCCAAAUUUAGUGUUUUACCAUAUAAUGCAUCAUAUGAUUCUCCAAGAUUUUUUUUUAACUGUUGAAUUACUGCAUCCUGAGUUUUGUUUUAAUGUGUCAAAAUUAAAAGUGGAAUUACUACA